AGAGCAAGUUUGCAACAGAAAGUUGGAUUUAUUUUCAAGGUAUAUGAUUCAGAUGGUAAUGGAAAAGUAUCUUUCAAUGACAUAUUAGAAGUGCUUCAAGAUUUGUCUGGUUCUUUCAUGUCCGAUGAGCAAAGAGAGGUUUUUGGCCAUUCUGGCCUAAAAAUGGAGGUUGAAGUUCCAGUUGACUAGAGCUAACCAGGAAGUCCUUCAUACUUAAAUUUGAGAUGAGCGCUUGGAGAAACAACCCUCUAUUGUGCCUAUUGUGAAAUCUUCAAAGUCAAAUUGAAAGCUUAUACACCUGUAUUUGUCUUUAUAUACAAUAAACUUUCAGCUUAUCUGUAAAUGGUUUGUUCUCUCUUUGUAAGUUUGAGUCUUUGAGAUGUAUGAUUUGGCUGUUCACACGUUCUUGCUUUAUUGUCCAAUUUUUCUCCAAAUACUUGCAUUUUUUGAUAUAUGGGAUUUUGUUGGACGACUAUGGACAAUGAAAUUAUUGUGUGAAUACCCCAGUAAUUUUCAAGGGUUUGUUGGGUCCCAUUUCUUACAUGCUAGGGGUAUGGGGAACGGAAGGAUUUAUUGGUAAAUUAUCAUGAACUCGAGUGCUCUUUCUGUACUUACAACUACCAGUUGCUUAAAGGUGAAGCAUAUGGCAGAGCCUCUGGUCCAAUGGAGCCAAAAUUUGCCUCUUUAAGUAUAUAAGAAGCCAAAAUAUAUUGCUGCUAUAGUUCUUAAAUUGCGACUCUGUUAACUGCAAUCGCCUACCAGAAAUAAUGGAUACAUUUUCUAGAGUGAAGACGUUCUCUUGGCAACUGCCUGGUAACUUCCCAUGAAAAGCCCAUCUCAGUCUCUCUAUAAGUUGGAUGUUCCUUUGGACACCAAGACAUUCCCUUCUUUCUCUCCCUAGCACUCUCGCUCCCUCUCUUUGAAGAUAAGCAAAGGGAAUAUCUCCAAACAUGUUCUCUCUGUCCUUCAACACUGCAGUUGUGUCUGGUAAUAUGGAACGCCAGCGUUCUACCAGACCUGGUACUGAAAUUUUACAGGCCUUACAAAAACUUAAGGAAAUUCUGCACCAGAAGGAUAUGCAAUUUGCCUCGGUUGAGUUGGAUGUUCAUUCCUUACAAAACAAUCUCUCUGUUGUCAAGAAUUUGAAGAGUAAUGCAAGCAGUAGUAAGCUUAAAGCUACUGAUGAACUGAGAUUGGCAGAAGAAAUUUCAGAGGAUUUUACAGCUCCACAUGCUGCAAUGAAAGAAGAGGAAACAGACACGCAUAAGGUGACAAAUGGUAAAAACCUAUUAACAGAUUCGAGGGCCUCAAAUUCAAAUGGGGCAGCAAAGCUGUCACUUGCAAAUUCUUCUAAAGGCGAGGUUUAUAGUAAUUCUCGAGAAGACAAACAGGUUUUGCACGGUCGUGAAAUCGAGCAGCUGAGCGAGCGAUUGAAGUUUCUUGAAGCAGAAAGCAAAAUAAUGAAGCAAGAGUUUUUGGAGUAUGUGAUAGAAAAGAAAAAACUGGUGAAUGAGAUAUAUAAGCAAUUCCAGACUAUAUAUCGUUGCCUUCAACUUGAAAAUCUAGUAAACGGAGAGAGAGGUUUUGAUAUAUCUUUACUUGUCAACCCUUUUCAGGAGGCUGGACUGGAGACUGGCCUGCCAGAAGUUCUAUGGCAAGAUUCAAUCCCAAGUAAUGUCACCAGGGACCAAAGCAGCAAUAUCUUGGCAUUAGAGGAAGUUCCUGAAGGAACAUGGGUUCAUGCUCAUCAGAAUGAAUGAAAAAGCUUGGCACUCAAACCUGCACGUACAAUUUGCUGUUGUGUGGUUGCAGUUUAAUUCUUGCUUGGAUUUCUGAAGAAUUUUAAAAUAAGUUAAGCUUCCAUCUCCUAAGAGAGCAUUUGCAAGAACAGAUCUAAAAUCUAGAAUCAUUUGCAAACUAGACUAUAGAUUUAUAAUCAGUAAAUGCACUGUAAGUAUAAAGAUUAGAAUUUUGGGAAUAAAAAUUAGAGAAAAUGGUCUCUAUA